AUGCCUUCUAUAGCAACAGUUCCAAGUCGUCGACAACGGAGUGAGGAUGAUGAUAAUAGCGAUGGGACAUCCUCAGUCUCAACGAGAGACCCCACACCCGCGUCACAGGUCUCGAAUACCAGCAAACGUAUCCGGCUAGAGACCGUUGAGGAUGCCGUUAAGGAAGAGGACACUGAUGAAAUUACUGACUUUGUAACGUAUACAUCUGCUGAAUUCUUCCCUGGUCCGAAAUUGAACAUGGUAAUUGGACCGAACGGCACAGGGAAAAGCACAUUGGUUUGUGCAAUAUGUCUGGGGCUGGGAUGGGGGCCACAGCACUUGGGUCGAGCGAAAGACCCUGGCGAAUUCGUGAAGCACGGCUGUCGGGAAGCAACUAUUGAGAUAGAGCUUGCAGGCGGUCCCAAAUUCCGUCGAAACCCUAUUGUUUGUCGAACUAUUAAGCGGGAAGGCAACAAGAGCUCGUUCAUGCUGAAUGGGAAACCGGCAUCUCGCACCCAGGUGCUCAAAUUUGCUCAGUCAUUUUCCAUCCAAAUCGAUAAUUUGUGUCAAUUUCUACCGCAAGACAAAGUUAGCGAGUUUGCUGCCCUUACGCCGGUUGAGCUACUCCACUCGACGCAACGAGCCGCUGCAGAACCGGAAAUGAUCGAAUGGCACGAUAAUCUAAAAAAACUGAGGGUCGAGCAGAAAAAGCUACAGGCAGACAAUCAGGGUGACAAGGAUUUGCUAACGAAUCUCCAAAACAGGCAAGAAAUGCAGAGGGCGGAUGUAGAGAGGAUGCGACAGCGGGCACAGAUUAAACGGAAAAUCGAGAUGUUGGAGCUUGUUCGUCCCGUGACCAAGUACAAGGAGUCUCAUGCUCAAUAUAAGGAACUGAAGAGAAAGAAGGACACCAUCAGCCGUGAGCUAGAUAUGCUUAAGACGCAGCUAGAGCCUGCAUUGCGGGCAGUGAACGCCAAGCAAGAUUAUUGCGUGCGUUUGGAUAAAGUCAUCGAACAUAAAAAGCGCGGCGUUGACAGAGCGGACCGCAAAGCUUCGGAAGUUGGAAAAUCAAUUGAACGAUACGAGGACUCUACGAAGGAUUUAGACAAACAGAUCGAUGCUGAGAAGAAAAGUAGCGCAAAUUACAAGCAGGAAGCUACUAAAAUCCAACAGGCAAUCAACAAACUCACUCGCCAGUUGAAUGAGGAACCAGUGAAUUUUGAUGUCGAUUGGUAUAAUGAACAGAUUAGGACAAAGCGACGAGAAUUGAGAGAGAUCGAAGAGACAGCUAGUGAAAUAAAAGAAAGACGGCGGCCCCUUUUCGAAUCUCUUAAUACGAAGAGGAAUGGAAUCAAACGAGCAGAGCAGCAGUUACAUAGUCUAGAUUCUCAAUCCGGUCGGCAGGAGGCGAAGCUCAAGCAAUUAUCUACUGAUUCUUAUAGGGCCUACAAGUGGGUAUUGGAGAAUCAGAAUAAGUUCGAAAAGGAGGUCUUCGGUCCUCCAGUGGUCACAUGUUCCCUUAAAGAUCCCAAAUAUGCAGAUGCGAUAGAGUCGCUGCUUCAAAGAACGGACUUCACAGCCUUCACAACGCAAAGUCGAAACGAUUUCAGAACCCUGCAAAAGGCUCUAAAUAUCGAAAUGAAGCUGCAUGAUAUUAGUAUCCGGACGAGCUCGGCUCCGUUAGAAAACUUUCAACCGCCAUUCCCCGCAGAUAAUAUUAAAGCAAUGGGGUUUAAUGGGUGGGCUAAUGAUUUCCUGAGUGGUCCAGAGCCUGUGCUCGCGGUGCUAUGCAGCGAGAACAGGCUACAUCAAACACCCAUCGGCCUUCGCGAUAUCACGGAUGAAGAAUAUACCAGGAUGGAAAAAGGAUCGAUCACCUCCUGGGUAUCUGGAAAGCGGAGCUACCAAAUUGUCAGGCGACGCGAGUAUGGCCCCAGCGCUUCGACCACCCGUGUCAGACAAGUAAGGCAAGCGAGGGUUUGGACGUCCCAACCCGUGGAUACCUUGGCGAAAGAACAUGUACUUCAGAAUAUUUCGUCACUCAAGGAGGAACUGCGAGGUUUGGAGGAAAAAAUGGAGUCUGAGAAAGCUGAACUGGCAGAGCUGGGGCAACGCCAUAACGAGCGCAAUCAAGAAAGGAUUGAACUCGAACGGGAGAAGUCCGAAAAGCAGACAGCCCUUACACACUAUAAGGCUAUCCCGGAAAGGAUCCGCCAGCAAGAAGCAAAACGAAAAGACACUGAGAGAUUCUUCGAGGACAUAAGGACUAGGGUCUUGAAUAUCCGUCACGAGCAGGACCAAUUGUCGAUUCAAAAGGCCGAAGCAGCUAUUGAAUACGCUGAUUCGGUUCAACAACUUCGUACAGCACACGAGGAGCUCAUAAAACUGGGCAUCCGGCGUGCAGAGGCAAUUUCGGACUUGGAAACACUCAAAGCUCGUAAUCAAGAGCACAGCGAUAAGCUGAGAGCGAAGACUGACGAGUUGAAAGAAGCAGUGAAUGAGAUAAAGACCAUGUCUGAACUCGUGAAAAGACUGCUGAAGGAGGCUGGGAAGGUUGCACAGGCUUCCCAGAGUCAACCGGAUCUCGCCGAAUUGUUGCCUACUUUGGCUGAUCAUACCUCAGACCAACUGGAAGCGGAUAUCGACUCGGAAAAAGCACAUCUGGAACUCACACAAGGCGGCAAUAGCAAUAUCAUUAAAGAAUUCGAAGAACGUGAACGACAAAUUCAGAGACUACGCAGUAAGCUCACCGAGUUCGAGAAUCAGCUUGCUGACUACGAUCACGCUAUCACUGAGAUUCGAGGGAAAUGGGAGCCGCAACUUGAUGCACUGGUGAAAAGUAUCAGCGACGCAUUCUCUGAUUCCUUCGCUCGCAUCGGCUGUGCCGGUCAGGUUUCGCUGGACAAAGUGGAGGACGCAACAGGAUCAGACAGCGUGCCCGGCGGUAGCGACUUUGACCAGUGGUCAAUCCAGAUUCAUGUUAAAUUCAGAGAGAAUGAGAAUCUUUCUAUACUCGAUUCUCAUCGGCAGUCUGGCGGAGAAAGAGCAGUGAGCACCAUCUUCUAUCUUAUGGCUCUUCAAUCCCUCUCUGCAUCCCCAUUCCGCGUCGUCGACGAAAUCAACCAGGGCAUGGACCCCAGAAACGAGCGAAUGGUCCAUGGUCGCUUAGUCGACAUUGCGUGUGCCAAUGGAGGCAGCCAAUAUUUCCUCAUCACCCCAAAGCUGCUCAGCGGGCUGUCCUACAAGCCUGGUAUGAGGGUUCUCUGCAUCUACAGCGGUGAACACAUGCCUACAGAUUACCGGGUUGUCGAUUUUGGCGAAGCCGUGAAGAGGAUGAGAGCUCUGACGAAGAGAGACCGUGGAAAAGGCAAGGGGAGAGCCAGACGGGACUCCCUUGCCGAGAACAGUGGUAGAGUCGAUGUCUAUACUUGA